UCCCGGAGCCAGCAGUUUGAGGCGUCAGCUAAGCACCUGGCCCUAUGCAAAGGGUCUUGCUCAGGAUCUGCCUGUCUUUCCACGUGGGUUGAUCUCAUCUUUUGUCGAUGAUUAUUUAUAUACCUCCACAUAAUAACUCUCUCUCGCACUGUCCUCUCACCAAUCGUGACCAUUAUUUGCAUUUCGCCUUCCUUCUUCUUAUCACCCUCCCUAGCACCAUCCUGUUAAUUGUUUAUCUCUACCAACGUGCGCUCCUUCCACUCCUGUUUAGUUUUCCCCGCAAAUCGGCAAUCUAUUGUUUAUUUGCAACAUCGGCCAAGCAUGGGGGGUAAUGCAGAUUAUAUAGCUGGCUACGGCUACAUCUCUCUCCAGCGCGCCCUUGACAUUGCACGCGCAAGUGACGACGGCCGGGUCGACCCAACCAUCAACGCAUAUUUAGAGAGAAAAUUGGGCGAAGUCUGGGCUCGAGUACAAGCUCAACCUUCAAGUUACGUCUUUACGAAAGAAGAGUUCUCGCUUUUCAACUACUAUCGCGCGCGCUUUGGAGAAACCGAUCCUAUCGUCGUAGGCGCGAUAGCCCGUUUCUGGAACCGCUAUCACGGAGGCGGAGGCGGAAGUUGAGCCGCUCGCAGGUCGCAGCUCUGCAGGAUUCGAUUAUUAGCAAGAAUUUCUAGUCUUUUGGUUGGAUUUUUGACCCCUCCAUUUGGCUCACAGCAUAAUGGGGUCGUCCAAUGUGGCAAUUUCAAGCAAAGGCGUUAGGGACAUUCUUC